AUGUCGGACAAAAAAGCGGAGAAACAGCUCCAACCUGUGAGCACAGCGGAUUCUCUUCUCUGCAUGGAUGUUGACCCUGUGCCCGAAGUAAAGAUUAACAAAGGCCCUUUGAGACCAUACAUUGACUUCGAAGGUGACUAUGAUACCGCUAAAUUACGUACGGUUAAGACACUGAAGGAAAAAUUAAUGGUUGCUAUUUUACUAAUCAUAACCGCCUUUGUCAGGCUUUAUAAGUUGUCAUGGCCAAGCAGUGUUGUAUUUGAUGAAGUCCAUUUUGGUGGAUUUGCAUCUAAGUAUAUUAAAGGUGACUUCUUCAUGGAUGUGCAUCCACCUCUGGCGAAGAUGUUGUUUGCUGGUGUAGGUGCAUUGGCAGGUUACACCGGUGAUUUCAGCUUCAAGCCAAUUGGUGAAGAAUAUCCAGAUACUGUUCCAUUUUACACCAUGAGAUUAUUCUCCGCCUCUCUUGGUGUUUUUACAGUCUUGAUGCUUUACUUAACUUUGCGUGCCUCUGGUGUCAGAUUGGGUGUAGCUUAUUUGUUUGCUUUGGUUUUUGCAUUUGAAAACUCAUUUGUAACUAUCUCACGUUACAUCCUAUUGGAUGCACCAUUGAUUUGUUUCAUUGCUGCAGCUGUGUAUUCAUACAAGAAAUCUGAAUUAUACCCAACUAACUCAUUUAGGGCUUUGAAAUCAUUGUUAGCAACCGGUAUUGCUCUGGGUUUGGCCAGUUCCUCAAAAUGGGUUGGUCUAUUCACAGUUGCUUGGGUUGGUCUUCUAUGCGUUUGGAAGUUGUGGUUUAUGAUCGGAGAUUUGAAUAAGUCACCAUGUACAAUUGUCAAGGCUGCGAUUGGUAAAUUAGUCCUUCUAUUAGGUGUUCCAAUCUUGUUAUACGUUGCUUUCUUCUAUGUUCAUUUCCAAGCCCUUAUCCAUGAUGGCUCUGGUUCUAGUUUCUUCCCAUCUGAGUUCAGAGCUACAUUAGAAGGUAAUCAAAUUCCAAGCGAUGUAGUUUAUGAUGUAGGCGUUGGUUCAAUUGUAACAUUGAAACACUUGAGCACUGAGGGUGGUUAUCUACAUUCUCAUAGUCAUGCGUACCCAACUGGAUCUGAACAACAGCAAAUCACUCUAUAUCCAUUCUUGGAUGAUAACAACAAGUGGGUCAUUGAAAGAAGUCAUCUUCCAGGUGCUAGUUUGAAAGAUUUUAUUGGUUUGAAGAAUGGUGAAUCUAUUUCCCUGCUGCAUUUGGCUACUGGGGUAAGAUUACACUCUCAUGAUCACAAGCCACCAGUAUCUGAAAGUGCUGACUGGCAAAAGGAAGUUUCGGGUUAUGGUUACCUUGGUUUCACUGGUGAUAUCAAUGAUCACUGGACUAUCGAGAUUGACCAAAGUUCUUCUAAGCCUGGUAUUGCCCAACAUGAAGUUAGAGCUAUUGACACCAAAUUCAAGUUGAGACACGCCACUGGCUGUUAUUUGUUCUCUCACGAAGUUAAGCUUCCAAAGUGGGGUUUUGAUCAACAGGAAGUUACUUGUGCCACUCAAGGUAAGCCUGAAUUGCUUCUGUGGUACAUUGAAGGAAGUGAAAACCCACAAUUGCCUGAAAAUACCCCUCGUAUUUCAUACAAGCCAAUGAACUUCAUUGAAAAGUUCAUUGAAAAUCACAAGAAGAUGUGGAAGAUUAAUAAAGGUCUAACUGGUACUCAUUACUAUGAAUCCCUUGCUUAUGAAUGGCCUUUGAUGAGACGUGGUAUUGGUUACUGGGGUGAGCAUCACAGAAAGAUUUACCUUUUAGGUAAUGCUGUUACAUGGUGGGCUGUUAGUGCUUUCAUAUUGGUAUACGCUGCUAUUCUUGCAUUCGAAGCUGGAUCAUUCUUGGUCGGAAAACCAAUUCUACAAGAUAAGAAUGUUAUUAACUUCCAUGUUCAGGUAUUACACUAUUUGCUGGGUUUUGCAAUUCAUUACGUACCAUUCUUCUUGAUGGGUCGUCAAUUGUUCUUGCACCAUUACCUUCCAGCUUAUUACUUUGGUAUCUUAGCUUUGGCACAUGCAUUUGAUAUCAUUAUCACUUUUGUUUGCAAAAACAGAAAACAGGCUGCUUAUGCACUAUUAAUUCUAUUUACUGCUGCUUCCAUCUACUUUUUCCAUGCUCAUUCUCCAAUUGCUUACGGUACUGACUGGACAAAGGAUGUCUGUAGAAACUCAAGAUGGGUAUCUACUUGGGAUUACGACUGUGAAAACUAUUUCAAUGACUUGAGUGAAUAUGCUAACUACACUUACGUUCCAAAGAUCACCACUGAUGAAGCUACGACAGAUGUCCAGAAUGUUGUACCUGCUGCAGAACCAGAACAGCAGGAAAAGAAGGCUGUUGUCUCUGAUGUCAACGGUGCUGCAUCACCUCACAAACGUGAAAAAGUAGAAAAGAAUGAAGCUGAAAGAAUGCUAGAUGAUCUAAGUAAUAAAAAGUUUUUGGAUGGGAAUGGUAAUGAGUUGUCUCCGGAACAAGUUAAGAAACUGUUGGAAAAAGAAGGCAUUGAAAACUUAAAAAUCGAAAAGGAAGUCAAUCAUGUUCGCAAACGCGUAGCUUAG